CGAGCGCGGGCAGCAGCAACAGCAGCAGCAGCAGCAGCAGUAGCAGCAGCAGCAGCAGCAGUAGCAGCAGCAGCAGCAGCAGCAGCAGCUGCGGCCCCCUCCCCGGGAAACCCGUGUACUCGACCCCGUCCCCCGUGGAAAACACCCCCCAGAAUAAUGAGUGCAAAAUGGUGGAUCUGAGGGGGGCCAAAGUGGCUUCCUUCACGGUAGAGGGCUGCGAGCUGAUCUGCCUGCCCCAGGCUUUCGACCUGUUUCUGAAGCACUUGGUGGGGGGCUUGCACACGGUCUACACCAAGCUGAAGCGGCUGGAGAUCACGCCGGUGGUGUGCAACGUGGAGCAGGUUCGCAUCCUGAGGGGACUGGGCGCCAUCCAGCCCGGAGUGAACCGCUGCAAACUCAUCUCCAGGAAGGACUUCGAGACCCUCUACAAUGACUGCACCAACGCAAGUUCCAGACCUGGAAGGCCUCCUAAGAGGACUCAAAGUGUCACCUCCCCAGAGAACUCUCAUAUCAUGCCACAUUCUGUCCCUGGCCUCAUGUCUCCUGGGAUAAUCCCACCAACAGGUCUGACAGCAGCAGCUGCAGCAGCUGCCGCUGCUACCAAUGCAGCUAUUGCCGAAGCAAUGAAGGUGAAAAAAAUCAAAUUAGAAGCAAUGAGCAACUAUCAUGCCAGUAAUAAUCAACAUGGAGCAGAUUCUGAAAACGGAGACAUGAAUUCAAGUGUUGGACUGGAACUUCCUUUUAUGAUGAUGCCCCACCCUCUAAUUCCUGUCAGCCUACCUCCAGCAUCUGUCACCAUGGCAAUGAGCCAGAUGAACCAUCUCAGCACCAUUGCAAAUAUGGCGGCGGCAGCACAAGUUCAGAGUCCUCCAUCUAGAGUUGAGACAUCUGUUAUUAAGGAGCGUGUCCCCGACAGCCCUUCGCCUGCCCCCUCUCUCGAGGAAGGCCGAAGGCCUGGCAGUCACCCAUCGUCACAUCGCAGCAGCAGUGUGUCCAGCUCCCCAGCACGGACCGAGAGCUCUUCUGACAGAAUCCCUGUUCAUCAGAAUGGGUUGUCCAUGAACCAGAUGCUGAUGGGUUUAUCACCCAAUGUACUCCCUGGGCCCAAAGAGGGAGAUUUGGCUGGUCAUGACAUGGGACAUGAGUCGAAAAGGAUGCAUGUUGAAAAAGAUGAGACCCCGCUCUCCACACCAACUGCAAGAGACAGCCUUGACAAACUUUCUCUGACUGGACACGGACAACCACUACCUCCAGGUUUUCCAUCUCCUUUUCUGUUUCCUGAUGGAUUGUCUUCCAUAGAGACCCUUCUGACUAACAUACAGGGCCUCUUGAAAGUUGCCAUAGAUAAUGCCAGAGCUCAAGAAAAACAGGUCCAACUGGAAAAAACAGAGCUGAAGAUGGAUUUUUUAAGGGAACGAGAGCUAAGGGAAACACUUGAGAAGCAGUUGGCUAUGGAACAAAAAAAUAGAGCCAUAGUUCAAAAGAGGCUAAAGAAGGAGAAGAAGGCAAAGAGAAAAUUGCAGGAAGCACUUGAAUUUGAGACAAAACGACGUGAGCAAGCAGAACAAACACUAAAACAGGCAGCUUCAACAGAUAGUCUCAGGGUCUUAAAUGACUCUCUGACCCCAGAGAUAGAAGCUGACCGCAGUGGCGGCAGAACAGAUGCUGAAAGGACAAUACAAGAUGGAAGACUGUAUUUGAAAACUACUGUCAUGUACUGAAUCUUUCCUGUUGAAGAAAUCCAUGUUAUAGUAAAGAACUUUGCAGUCAGACAUUCGUCAUUGGAAAAUUCAGAAAAAAAUAAAGUCCUUUUAAGGGAACUGCCUCAAUUUUGUGUAUUAAUGUUCUUUAAGUUUAAGUAUUCUACAAAAAACAAAAAAGUUUCUUCCAUUGAUUUUCAUCUGUGGUUCAUACCAGAGACUUGAGAAUGUUUGUAAAUGUAUAAGUAUCAAACUUCUUACAAUUGAUAACUGCACCUUUGCUGCUGGACACUUGUAUACUGAGUUAAAGCAGGUCCGAAUAGAAUAUGACCUAGCUUUGUUUUUUAAUGGAAUGAACCAUUUUCCUCUUCUGAAAAUUCUGUAUCUGAGCACAUCAAGAGACUCUCAUAGCAGUGGUCACCCAGACUUGCAGAAUUAUGUCCUCCGGAAACCAGCAAGAACACUUGGAAAUGAACUUGAAGGAGGCAUAGAGGAUUCCUUAAAAAAAAAAAUCAAUACAAUAAAGAGUAAUAUUCUGUUACAUUCGAUUUUAAACUCUCUAAUUGUGGGUUUUAUCCUGAAGAUGUUUUUUUCACAUACUUUCCAAAAGACCAACAAAUGGAUGUUGACAACAACCCAGUGAAAUAACAUUUUGCAUAUCUGAAAAGAAGCAUUGAAUAUAAGCCAAAAGGUUUUGCUGAAGGUCUUUUUU